UGGUCGCACCGCCGCAGCCCCGCGGGCGGCCGCCCCUCCGCGCCACGCUCCGCUCCGCCGCAGCCGGCGGGGAGCACUGCAGCCCCGAUGGCCAAGCAGCCCUCCGAGGUGAAGGCGCAGCGCGACGGCGAGGGCGGGCGGCUGCCGGUGGCCGCGGAGGGGCCGGGCCCGGCCGCGCAGCUGCGCCCCGGAGCUCCCGCCGCCCUGCCCGGCUCGGGCUCCGCCGCCACGGCGGGGCCUCCGCCGCGGGGCCCCCCCGCCAGCCCCGGCCCCUUCGCCACCCGCUCGCCCCUCUUCAUCUUCGUCCGGAGGUCGCCGCUGCUGUCUCGUUCGUCCAGCGGGUACUUCUCCUUCGACGCCGAGCGCAGCCCCGGGCCCCUCAGCUGCGACAAGGCCACGCAGACCCCCAGCCCCCCCUGCCAGGCCCUCAGCCACUGCCUCAGCGCCAUGGGGUCUCUUGGAUCAGCAGGCGGGCAACCCCCAGGUCGUCAUCCUGCGCCUGCUGCGUUACAUCGUCCGCCUCAUCUGGAGGAUGCAGUGAGCACCCCGAGGGGCCAGGACUGCUUUGCCCCCUGGGAAAGCCCCAGGGAGGACAGACAGACACACAGACAGAUGGAUGUGGCUGGCUGCCAGCCUGCCUCUGCCCCGGGACGCGGCGGGUCCACGUGGGCGGCUGAGGCGCCGGUGCUGAGCGGCGCAGGAUGCCGUCCCGCAGCGCUGUUCCUCUCGCAGCUCUUUCAUAGGCUCCUUUCUCUCAGCAUCAUUUUCCCAGAGGAGCCUCAGAGAAGAUACCCAAAGGCAACGGAUUCACUGCUGCUGGGGCGCCGUGCCCAGAACCCCACGGGCUGCCCUGGGACGAAGGCUGCAGGGAGGGAGAGCAGAGAGAGCCCAGCCUGGGGCACAGCCGCCUGCCUUCGCCUCUCACACCUCCUCCAGAGACUGAGCCCUCCCUCUGCCUCCUGGGCCACGGUGGAAGAAGAGCAGAGGAGCAGAGGCCUUUCAGUCAGCACUUCUCCCUGUAAAUAGCCGUGGCUGGCCCGAGUCCCGCGCCCGGGUUGGCGGGGUGCAGAGCGCCUGUCUCCUGCUGCCUGCCCGUGUUUCGGGGAGGGGGUUGCUGACACACCUCUGCCUUUUGUCACUCUGCAUCUCCAGACUGAGCUGGGAGGCUCCCAGGCUCCAAAGCCCCACAGCAACCAACCAACACCAAGCCCCCAGCCCACCAGCUUGCCUUUUUUACCCCUUUUUCCUUUCUUUUUUGAAGACAACCACUCUGUACAAACGCUUCUGAAGGGCCUGGUGGGUGCAGCAAGUGCUGCUGGGGCUGAGGAACUCGGCAAUAAACCCCCCGGAGGCAGCUUGAGACAGCCCCAGGUGCCAGAGCUCUGCAGCCGGACACCGCAGCCCCCGCUGCCCACCUUCAGGGACUGCUUGUCGCUGGCUGUUGGACCCAGGAGGGGCUGUAAGGAGCUGGAGUUGGGGUUGGGGGUGUCUUUGCCCCCCCCUCGGGAUCCUGGCACAGCCUGGAGCAGGGGCAGGAGCUGGGCCGUGGGAUGCUGGUGUGCAGGAUGGUGACGGCUACGGAUGCUCCGUGGGGUCUGCUCUCCCCCCAGCCUGCCACCUCUCCCCCCUGCCUGCCUCUGGGAACAGCUGGCUGGGUGCUGGAGUCCCAGGGCACCUCCUCUUCCCCCUGGAGCCCCCACAGCCUGGCUGCAGCUGCCCAAGGGCUCAUGGAAGAAGCAGGUCUGUCGCCUCAGCCCCUCGCCGCGUUGUCUCGGGUUGGUGGGUGCUUUCAGGGGGGUGGCUGCUCCAGCCCCUCCCCAGUAUCUAUGCACAAACAUCCCCCUCUCUGCCUCCAGAGAGGCCCUUUUCCCUCUGGCUGGUGCAGGUGCUCCUUAAACCCAAACACCCUGGGUUUACGUCUGGUUUCACCAGCACCAUAGGAAAAAAACCCAACCCCAACCCAAGCCCCCGAGUGGCUUUUCCCCACGGUGUGCACACGGGGAGGGGCUGCUGGGGGCUCUGUGUGGUUACUGGUGUCUGUGGGGGUGGGCAGAGUGCUCAGCUGCGGGCUCGGUGCGCUCACGAGUGGGUUUCGUGCCGGGCAGGCUGUCCGGUGUGAGCUGUGUGCGCUGGCUGCCCGUGGCUGCGGCUCCCGCUGCCCUCCCCUGCAGGCUCCCCCCUGCAGAAAAGGUUUCCUUUCGCUUGUUUCUAGCCUUCAUGUGGGGGUUUGUGUCUGGACCUUGUCAUGGGUUGCAGGAUCAGCCUCAGCUGCAGGAGCAGGGCGUGUUUCUGGGAGAGCAGGGCAAGCUGUGUGCUGGUGGAGAGCCAAGUGAGCGGUUAAAGCAGCUGAUGAACUCGGGUUUGGCCAGGGCAGGUUCCUCCUCCUGCUUGCCCUGGGGUGUGCCUCAGCAGAGCUCUGCUGCCCCAGCCCUGCUCCAGCCAUCCUGGAUCUCCUGUAGGGUUUCCACAGGCAGGCCCAGAGCGGGGAGGCCGCUGCCGUGGCUGUCCCGUGGGACCCUGCGUGGAGCUCUUGGUCGUCAAAGGGGAAAGGGAAACACCCCCCACCAAAUUUGGCAGCAGAGGUAGCCAGGUGAGCUUGUGGUUUCCCUCCCUGCUCCCCCCCAGUCGAGUUUCAUCCCCUGUGGGUGGAUGAAGUGGUGCUUUUGGGGCUCACAGCCUCGCAGCAUCCCAGAAUGUGUCCCUUGGAGUACACCAAAGAACUGCCGAGCACUUUACCCCCUCCUGGCUGCCCUGGAGACACCCACUGCAGGGAGAAACGACCCCGAGUGUUGGCACUGGCUGCCUGGGGCUUCUCCCCGGGAGCUGCUCCCUGCCAAAAGGCAGCCAUAGGAAAAUUACCUCCCCCUCUCCUUCAAAAGAACCCUCCCAGAGCCUCUCCGGAGAAGGGGGGUGUUUGGAACUGGCCGUGGGGCUGGUUGUAGCUGUGUUCCAGGCUGGGGCAGUGCAGGCACGGCCUGUGGCCUCCCUGCUGCCAAAGGGCUCUGAUGAAGAUGCUGGAUCCCCUGUGAUCUCCCCGAGUCCUUCAGGCUUCUCCUCUCUCCCCUCCCUGUAAAUACCUAUUUAUUAGAGUAGGGCACCGUGUUACUUUCAUCAUCUGAGCCAAAUAACCUGCGUGCAAUGUUCUCUUCUUCCUCUGGGGUCACUUUUCUACAGCUUACCAAGGGCCAGGCAAGAAAGAAGAAGAAAAGGACAACAGAGGAAAGACCUUUUCUGCUGUUGUUUUUCAGUCAAGCCCUGGCAAAUACUGUAGCUUGUCCUUUGGGUUCCUGCUCCCCAGGUGUAACCUCUGCUGCUCCACAGCGCUGGUAGAAACAGCUGAUAUUUAUUUCCUGCUUAUUUAAGUGGCUGGAAAAACAACAAAAAAAGCCUUUUUGCCUUCAUCCCUGCCCUGCCUCACCUCCCUCUGCCUCACCUCCCCUCCCAGAGCACCCGCUCCUCCCACCAGCCCAGCCCAGCCCCCUUCUGCAUCCUCACCUCUCUCCAUCUUCACGGGGUUACCUUUUGUUCUGGCCCCUCUCCCAAGUGCCUCUCUUUCCAGGAGCGAUUUAGGCACAUCAGAGACUUCAGCAUUAGUGAAAAGGGGGUGGGAAUUUCACCCUGUGCCCCCCCUCCCAACCCUGCUUUGGAAGCCCCAUCUUGCCCCUUGAGCAGCAGGUACCGCACAGGGAUGUGCUGAUGGAUCACUAACUCCUUUCUCUCUCUCACACACACACACACACACACACAACCCAGCAUAUGUAGCAAUUUUUUAACUGCAAUUUCCCUGGCUUUCCUUGUGUUUUGCACUGAUGAAUUUUUGGACAGGGUAAUUGCCACUUUACUUGUGCAAUACUGCUGUAAAUAGUCGCAGACCUUCCGGGGUUGUUUUUGUGGGGUUGUUUUGCUUUGGUGGGGUUGGGUUUGUUUUUAAGAUGCAAUCUUUUAUGUCCUUAAUAUGAGUUUUAUAUAAAUAAAACCUUUCAGCUAUUU